CAUCCCUACAGUGUUUCAAGCGUGCAGGACGAGAUAUCAACCGCGAUAUCUAAAGUCGACUUUCCGAAGAGACGAGCGACAUUGUGCAGCAUUUCUCCCCUUGGUGCUCGAGGUUGUUUCUUGCUCCCUUUGUGCCUUGCAUCCACCCCACCAGAACACGAUAAGACUAUCGGCUGGAAUAUACGUCAGAGCUUUCGGACGUGCCAAGCGCCGAACGGCAGCUUGAACCUGCACCAAGGCCGCCUUCGAGCUGUCACGAUUCUGUCUGCAGCGUCCAUACGCGAAGACUAGUAACCGCAUAGCUAGUAUAUCCGUUGACUUGACCACCUCGAUGGCGGAGAGCGCUGUAUCUCCCGCUGUGGCCGCCAUGAGCACUUCACCGUCUGUUUCGGCCUCCACCUCGAAGGAGCCUUCGAGGGCCCCUACGCCCGCAAAUGCGCCGGUCGAGAAGCCCCCGGACGAGAGCUCCAAGCUAAAGGUGUUCCUGGGAGUCCUGAGAAGGUUUAUUGGCGUUGCGGACCUCGCUGCUGUCCGAUUCUCUCUCCCCGCACAGCUCCUCGAGCCCACUCCCAAUCUAGAAUACUGGCACUACCUCGACAGGCCCGAGACAUUUAUCAGCAUCGGCGACUCAGACGAGUCCCUGGGCCGCAUGCUGGGGACGUUGAGGUUCUGGUUCUCCAAGGAUCUGAAAUACGUCAAGGGCAAGCCGUGCAAGCCCUACAACUCUACCCUCGGGGAGUUCUUCCGCUGUAAUUGGCAAGUCGAAGACACCCAGCCCCCCCUCAAACAUGCCCCGAAUUCGGCGCCCUCCAGCAGCUCCGCCAGCGCGACCGGCGAGAAGUUCGUCAAAGUCUCCUACCUCACCGAACAAACCUCACACCACCCUCCCGUCUCUGCCUUCUACAUCGAUUGCCCCGAGAAAGGUAUAAUUGCAAGGGGAUAUGAUCAAUUGAGCGCAAAGUUUACGGGCACAAGCAUCCGCGUGAUUGCUGGCGCGCACAAUCUGGGAAUCUUCAUCACGUUGCAGAAACGGGAUGAUGAGAUGUACCAGCUUACUCACCCGGCCGCUUAUCUUGGAGGUCUACUGAGAGGCUCGCUAAGUGUUUCUGUCGCCGACUCCUGCUACGUUACUUGCGCCAAAACAAAGACGAAGGUCAUCCUACAAUAUCUCGAGGAAGGAUGGCUAGGCCGAACGCAGAACAAGGUCGAGGGUGUCAUCUUUAAAUACGACCCUGAUAACGAUACCAAGACCAAGGUCAAGGACGUCCCGGAUAAGGACGUGCUAGCAAGGAUAGAAGGCUGCUGGCAAGACAAGGUGUACUACACCCUCGGCAGCCAGCCCUUCAAUAAGUCUUCCGAAAAAAUCCUCUUAAUCGACCUCAACCCCCUCUUUCCUGUCCCCAAAAUCGUACCCCCAAUAGACCAACAACUCCCGAACGAGUCCCGCAAGUUCUGGCAAAACGUGACCGCAGCCAUCGUUAAUAAACAGUAUUCUCAAGCUACGGCGCUCAAGCAGGAAAUCGAGGAGAAACAAAGACAGAAGGCAGCGGAGAGGAAAGAGGUUGGUAGGGAUUGGCAACCGAGGUUUUUUACAGGCGCGGUAACGCCGGUCGGGAAGCCGGAUUUGACGAGCGAUGGGGAGGAGGUGCUUAGAGGCCUGCAUAAGGAUAGCUGGGCGCUGGAGGAGAAUAAGGAGUAUGGAGCGUAAAGGGGAGCCUGGAAAACGGCAUGCGGUUAGAGUAGCGACACGACAUGACAUGUAUUGGAGUCUAUCUGGGUGGGCGGGGGGACCUUCACUUGAAUACCUAGACCUAGACCCAGCGAGAGCGAGUGGAUGAGAGGAUGGUGGCCUGCGGGUCGUUUCGAUUGCUUUGCUUGGUUGAAGCCUCAUCAGUCGGAGUUUGGCUCUUUGCUUACCUGGUCGGGGGUGUUCGCACUUGCUAUUUAUCGGACGGGUUGGGUAGUGAAGGAGGAAUGGGAGCGAUGGUAUACCGGGAGUCUUUGCGCACAUGAUUGCAUAACGAUGAGCAGAUAUCAC